GAAGACGUGAUGUCAACCCGAUUAUUCAUCGUCAUGUGAUUUCUUGUGAGAGAGUUCAGAUUUUAUGACUGUUUCGACGUGAUGUUUUUACUGCUGUCUUCAGUAGCGUGGAUUUUAUCAUUUAAUGGUGCUUUCUCGGAUUUUGACGCCAUUCCACAGGUAUGCAGUUUGUGUGGUGGGACUGUCGGCAAUGGCAGCGCAGUUUGGGACCUUUGCUACACCAACAAGAGCUUUGUGGUCAAGGGACGCUGCUGCUUACAGAAGCAGGAUGAGGAAAAUCAAAUCAUUGGGUUAGACUUGAAGAACUGCUCGCUGGCGGAAGUUGACGAUCUGCAUGAGGCCUACACCGCAGAAGUUGUAGACCUCUCAGAAAACCCUCUCCAGAAUGUGUCAAAGUUGACAUUUCAUGGCUUCACCAGUAUGUUCUUUCUAGUUUUACCUCCAAUACUUGAAUGCCCGGGUGGAAAUGAAUCUUGGGAGAUCACAGAAGUGUCUAACAGCAUAAGAAUAUGCAAGGGGCAAAAAAGUGCCUGCAAUAGCACUGGAGAGCCGGCUCGGCUUUGUCCAGAAAACUCCUUAUGCCAACCAGAUGGCCCCGGCUUGUUCCAGUGUAUCUGCGUAGACGGCUUCCAUGGCUACAAGUGUCUCCGAAUGGACGAGUUUCCUAUGGUGGAAAUGUUUGUGAUCCUUGGCACGGUGACAGCACUCAUGUCCAGCCUCCUCUGGGCGACCCAGCGCCGCAAGGCCAAGUCCUCCUGAGGUGACUCAAGAUUGGAGGCGAACACCCAAGCAGGCUUCAGCCAAUGGGAUGGCAGUACGUGAACAGGAGGUGGGAGUGGACAUGAACUGAAGGCGGAGACUGUGAAAGGCUCAAUCAGCAGCAUCCUUCAGGACCACCUGAGGUAAGAAGAGGAAGUGAAAAUGGAUGAUUACAAGGAUGCCAAGUCUUUCCAUCACCUGCUGCCUCCUUUGUGUCCAGCAAGAACAUUGGGAUGGCUUGGAGGGUCUAAGCAAUUGACAAUCUUCUUAAACUGGACUUUGUCAGUCACAUCCUCAAUACAGAGACAUGAAACACUUUUAUUUCUGGAAACCUCGAUGUACCAGCAGUCCAAAACCAUCCAUCCAUUAUCCAACCUGCUAUAUCCUAACUACAGGGUCACUUGUGUCUGCUGGAGCCAAUCCCUGCCAACACAGGGCGCAAGGCAGGAAACAAACCCCGUGCAGGGCGCCAGCCCACCGCAGCAGUCCAAAACCGAAUCCUUAAUUUCGAGUAAAAAGAGCGAAACGCCGGUUCAGGACUGAGUGUGUUCUCGUUAUAUGCAGCAAUAGUUUGGACUCCGUUACCCUUCAUUUAUUUGCUUUCCUAUCCCCUCGCCCCAGGCUGGCUUUUGUCUGGAGGCUUGUGCCAUCACGAUAGGAGCAAGACUCCCAAGUAGGGGUGAUAAUGGGGAGUUGAUCGUUUUAUACCAAAGGCACAGGACAGAAGCCAGGAAGUAAUCCGUAGUCCACUCCAAGGCGAACUCCUUCACUCUUACCAUGCCAAGGUACCAAGUUUGAAUGGUUUUGUCAGAAAACCAGAAUAUCUAACCGGGAAGAAAAAAAAUGCUGAGAUGGGAAGAACGUAUUAACACCAACAGACUGGGAUUUGAGCCCAGGAUACUGGAGCUGUAAUGGGGAGCACCGCUGCUUCAUGGUGUUACGCCGCCAAGAACAGCAAAAAAAUAAUAAUAAUCUGUCGUGGAGUUUAUUUAAAGUUGAUUGUGUAGGCCAGUGUCCUUUUGGCUCACGAUUGUCACCCUGACCAGUUCCCGAACUGAGGAAGUGAAUCAUAUUUCAAAUUUGAUCAAUUUAAACAAAAUCCCGCAUCAUUUGUUUUCUUGUAUCCCACUUAUGUUCUGUUUGAAUGCAGCCUGGAAAACGCAACAAAAACCUCCAUCUUCAUGCUUGCGUGGAUGGCACACCUUAAAAUUAACACACACAGCUAGAGGUCCUGGCCAGACGAGGACUCGAGUGAUGCCCUGUUACCUCCUUUACGUAAGUACGUGUCAGAGUGAUGUCACUGUUAGUGCACUUGGCAGGGCCUAACAGGCCUACGGGUGUCCUUUGGUUAUGUGCAGCUUACCAACCAAGAUGUAAAUAUGUCACUCACGGCAUAGUGAAAAGUCGAGCAAAAUGUCGACACCUUUUAUUGGCUAACUAAAAAAACAGUACAAAUAUUUAAAAAUAUAAUUCAAAUUCAUCAAAAUAGAAAGGUCUGAUUUCCUUAAAGUAGCUUUUAUUGCCGUUUGUCUAGUUGCACAGGACGACUGCUCUGAUUCUUCUUUUUUUCAGUUUAUUAUUCCACUUUAUUUUAACGUAAAGCCUGAUAUGCCAAUCGCCUCUCACUCCCUAAUAACACGAGCUUCCACUCGCUGCUCUUUGUUUACACUGCAAAAAAACAAAAAGACGUGCACCACCUCGACUACUGUAAUAUCUCAAGAGUAAAUUACUGUAAAGCUUAGAGAAGCAGGGGCUGAUAAUAUAAUUUCUUUUUGUGAUCUGCCUUUUUAUCGAUCACCAAUUUGAGUCUUUUUAGUGAAAAUUGGCCCGUUUCGAUCAGAUCAGCGGCCAGGCAGUCGGACCAUCCAUAGUUACGUUCUCAGAUGGCCUCAUUUUCCAAUCUCUGACAUCACUUCUUACGAACACUCCACUUUUGUUGUCCUUUGGGUCCCUCAGAAGAGACAAAUUUAUGUUAAAAAUCUCGCAUUGGGGCUUCAGGACAUGUGACAUUGUAUACUUUUGAUUGUUUGGCCGUCCUUAUGAUGAUUGACUCUGCUCAAGGUUUUGAUAUUUUUAUGUAUCCGCGUAUUGCUUUCCUUUUUCCAGGCUAGAAACUAAUUAACAUGGCCCUUGGCCCUGUGAUGUCCAUACAUAUUUUACAUUCUCAAGUUAAUUAAAAAUGGCUUUUGGUCCCAUGGCA